CUUCCCUCCUCUCCUUCCCCUUUUCUUUUCACCCAUCGUCCCCCGGCGCCAUCUCUCGAUUUCUCUCUCGCCUCUUUGCCAAGCCGCCGGCCACCGUGAAGGGCAGCAACAAAGCUGCACCACGAGCACGCCACCGGCUCCACCACGAAGACCACCCCACGCACGGUAGCAGACUCUCUCUCUCUCUCUCUCUCUCUUCUCUCUCUCUCGAUUUCUCCCAUCUCUCAGCCACCAUCCACGCCAUCAGCCACCACUGGCACGCCCGCCACGGCCAACCACCAUCGCACGACGCCGCAACCAAGCCCCUUUCCGUCGAGCACCACCCCUCGCCGUCAAGAAAAAGCAAGCCCCACACCGUUUUUCUUGGCCUCUACUCUGCACUGUCUCUGGCCCCGUGCCACCGUGCGCUACCAGGCCGUCGUCGAGUUCCUUUGCCGUCGUACCACCACCGUGGCCAAGGGAGGCCGCCACACCCUGUCCAGCCGUGUACAUCCGUUGCCUACGCCACCACUGUGGGAAUCAGUUUCAAAACCUUUGCUGGUCUUCACGACUGCCACGUAUUCAACGAAAAGUCCAACCCAAGUUGAAAGAGUAGAAGUUGUAGACCACCCAAAAAACUCCAUUGAUGUUCUGAGGAAAUGGGGUUGUACCGAUGAUGAUAUAUCGAAGAUAAUUGUCCGCCGCCCUUCUUUACGCCGGGCCAACAUUGCCCACCUUCAAUCCAAACUUAACAUGCUCAGUAGCUUAGGCAUUGGAGCUCAUGAUCUUGUGAAGAUGAUCAAUUGUCGCCCCAGGCUUCUAAGUUGUCGAAUAAAUCAUUGCUUUGAUGAGCGGCUUGAAUUUUUUAUGACAUUGUUUGAGUCAAGGGAAGUGCUUGCUAAAGCUAUUGUUAGGAACCCUUCACUCUUAACGUAUGAUUUCAAUAACAGGAUCAAGCCUGCUAUUGCGCUGUAUCAAGAGAUGGGUGUUAGUAGAAAGGACUUGAUUCCUAUGCUCCUUUCUCGGCCCACCAUGAUACCUCGAACUUCAUUUGAUGAAGAGAAAAUGGAAUAUAUUCGCAAAACUGGGAUUUCCAAGGAUUCCAAGAUGUAUAAAUAUGUUGUUACAAUCAUUGGCAUCUCACGCCAUGAAACAAUCAGUCAAAAGGUGGGAAAUUUUGAAAAGUUCGGGUUUUCAAAUGAUGAAAUCUUCAAUCUUUUUGGGAGAUCCCCCCUUAUGUUGACACUAUCAGUUGAUAAGGUACAGAGGAACAUGACUUUCAUUUUGGGCAUGAUGAAGCUUCCAGCUAGUGUGGUCCUUAAGUAUCCAUUUCUAUUGUACUCUAGCUUGGAGACUGUGUUAAAGCCGCGAGUCCUUCUUGCAGGGAAGAUAGAUGACAUGGGUCUUGAUUCCCAGAUUAAGGGACCCACAAUGCUUAGGGCACUGAGGAUGACAGAGAAGAGGUUUUUAAAGGCGUUUGUCAAGUGUCACCCGGAAGAUGUUGCUGAUGAAUUGUUAGAGUUCUACAAAUGCGCCAAAGGGAUCAAGCGAUUGGCAGAAGCCUCAAAGAAAAACAUUCGCGUGGGAUUCCCUUUUUGAAGUUUUGUUCACUGGCUGCACUGUUUUUAGCCGCUGGAAUCCAUUUUUGGACAGUCGUAAUCGAUUUAAACAAAUGAUUGUCGUACAUUUCAUACAAGCUGGGAAGCAGGUAAUUAACCGCUAUGAAUCUUUCUGUUUGAAGACAAUGGUCGAGGCAUUAUAACUCUUGCACCAAUUCUAUAUGAAACCGACUGAAAGCCACAUCCUAAUUUGAUUUACAGUUAGCAAUAUCAGGUGCUAACCAUCUGGUCACGGUUCUGGACAUUGAUUGGGACGACAUUCUAAUAUGCUGGACCGCUUUAUACAGAUCAUAAGAUUGUUGAGAGGAAUUAACUACUUCAUUUGGAUGUGAAAUCUUGAUAUGUGAUGGUUAGUACGAUAAUAAUGCCUGAUCUACACAUGGCCCAGCUUUGGGGACUUGUUCUCUCUUACUGUGCACAUCUUGUUAUCCCAUUCAGUUAUUAUUUUCUAGUGGUCUCAUGGCCUGGUGAAUCCUAUUUUUCCAGGAAGCUCCUAUCAAACUAUCUUCUACUUCCCUUUGAAAUAAGGAUAGUGUUGAACUUGCAUCCUUGAACAAUAAUUAUAGGGGAUGAGCGAUGACUUUUCAAA